AUGGCAACACGUUUCAUCUAUACGGACCGCUACUACAAGGAACUCGCAGUAUCAAGGAAGAUCACAAUAUGCGAGAAAGAAUGGGAUUACCAAGCGGAAGGGAUGCUUCUCCAAUUAGAUAAAAACAUGAGACGGUUCACGUCUCUACUCCAGGAAAUGGAAAAGGAAUGGACACAGGCGGAAAAGGAUUUAAAUGUAGGUCCUUGUCAGACGAAUGCAGAACACAUCAACCGACUCUUCCGUAAAGCAUUCGACAACCUGAAAUCCUCAGACCGGGACGAUGCGGAAAAGCGUUUCGAAGAGCUGCAGAAGAAAAUAACCGAGCAAGCAGCGGAGAUAUCGCUUUUGAAGGAACAGAUUCAGAAGCCACAGCCACAUCUGAAACCGCGCCCGACAGAUGUAGAAAUGACAGACGACGCGUACUGGUCCCGUAUGGUCGAAGAGGUUCACGACAUGCAGGAGAUCAGUCAACCUCAAACUCCUCCACCACUUGCGUCCGAUGGAGACGACGAGGACGAACAAAUGGAGUAUCAGCCUACAGCUGAAGCUGAUAAUGACGAAAGAAGGGCUGAGGAACCACUGGAGGUCUAUGAAGAUCGAGUGGUUGAACGCGUCCCUCGGCAGAAGUCGAGCAGCAGCGAAGAUCAAGAGGAAAGGGGAGCUCGAAAUCGCGCAUCAUCACCGGAAAACGAGCCCCUUCCAUUGUCAACGGGCACACCGGCAGACAGUUACCCCCUAGGAGAACAUGCGAAGCUGUACCGAAGACGAAACGCGGAUGAGCUGAGAAGACUCAUCGAAGAUGUGAAAAACGACAUAGAGAAAAUGGAAUCUAUGUUACUAACUUUCCCCUACAGGAAGAAGGAGCACUUCUCACCAGGCAUACGAUCGAUGGUACGGUGCGCGUUUUGUGAUGUAACCGGGGAGUAUUUCUCCGUUUCCUGCCCUAACAUCACGGAAGGAAGUGACCGAUGGAACAUAACACAAGACCGAUUCGUCUGCCAACACUGCUUGACACACUGCAGAAAUAGAAACAGAUGUUCCUAUAGAAGAAAGUCGUGUUUCUAUUACGAUCGCGUACGAGGAACACCCUUCGAGUCGCUCAUACCAACGGAUACCGGGCAUCAUACAGAUUUGUGCGACGUGCCUGAUAAACGAGGGGACGCACGCUUGCUUAUCGAAGAAGCCAGACAGGAGUUACGGGAUCUGCUCGGAGAGUUAGCAGCGGUAACGAUGGAAAGACAACGUGAUUGA